CGCGCAUGCGCACACGUCCGCACGCACGACGCAAGCCCCUACGCUCCUCGCUUCCGGCUGCGGCGGCCUCUGCGCCGCCCGACUGGAGAAUCCCCCGGCCCCGUGAAGCGGCAUGCAUCUCUGAGAAGCGGCGGACACCGGGAGGCGCCAUGAACCUCCUGCCGUGUAACCCGCACGGCAACGGGCUACUGUACGCCGGCUUCAACCAGGACCACGGAUGCUUUGCAUGUGGGAUGGAAAACGGAUUUCGAGUCUAUAACACUGAUCCACUCAAAGAAAAAGAGAAACAAGAAUUUUUAGAAGGAGGAGUUGGCCAUGUGGAAAUGUUAUUUCGCUGCAACUAUUUGGCUUUAGUUGGUGGUGGAAAAAAGCCAAAAUACCCUCCCAACAAAGUGAUGAUCUGGGACGACCUCAAAAAGAAGACUGUCAUAGAGAUCGAGUUUUCCACGGAGGUCAAAGCAGUGAAGCUGCGGCGAGAUAGAAUUGUAGUUGUCUUGGACUCCAUGAUCAAAGUGUUCACAUUCACACACAACCCUCACCAGCUGCACGUCUUCGAGACCUGCUAUAACCCUAAAGGCCUCUGUGUCCUGUGUCCCAAUAGUAACAACUCCCUCCUGGCCUUCCCGGGCACCCACACAGGCCACGUGCAGCUCGUGGACCUGGCUAGUACUGAGAAGCCCCCCGUGGACAUUCCUGCUCACGAGGGUGUCCUGAGCUGCAUCACUCUCAACCUACAGGGAACAAGAAUUGCCACUGCCUCCGAAAAAGGGACCCUUAUAAGAAUAUUUGAUACUUCAUCAGGGCAUUUAAUCCAGGAACUACGAAGAGGAUCUCAAGCAGCCAAUAUCUACUGCAUCAACUUCAACCAGGAUGCCUCCCUCAUCUGUGUGUCCAGUGACCAUGGCACAGUGCACAUUUUUGCAGCUGAGGACCCAAAAAGGAAUAAGCAGUCUAGUUUGGCGUCAGCCAGCUUCCUUCCAAAAUACUUCAGUUCCAAAUGGAGUUUCUCCAAGUUCCAGGUCCCCUCUGGCUCUCCCUGCAUUUGUGCCUUUGGGACGGAGCCAAACGCAGUCAUUGCCAUCUGUGCCGACGGCAGCUACUACAAGUUCCUGUUCAACCCCAAGGGCGAGUGCAUCCGGGACGUGUACGCACAGUUCCUAGAGAUGACCGAUGACAAGCUGUGACGCUCUCAUCCAAGUGCCAGCCACCCAGCACCCUGCAGAUGCCCGGGGCUGGUGCCAGUGCCCUGGGCCUUGGGGAGUGGGGGCUGGAGGGACUGCUCAGGACUUGGGUCUCAAGCCAUCUGAGCUGUCCGCCUUCCUGAGAAAGGCUCCCAUUUCCUGCAUUAAAGAAUAAUCACCAAGGCACCGCAGACACUCAGUGGCCCACCCAGCGCCGCCACCUUUUAGUUCAACUGUGACGUUAGCAUUAGUGGCUCCACCAACCGCAUCCUCACUCCAGCAGAGGCUCCUCGUGAACCUGGGGACCGUGCCAGGAAGCCAGAGGCAGUGGAGCUAUCUCUGCGCUGACUCCAUCCCCACCCAGCCCUGGCCCUGAGCUGCAUGGGAACGCACAGCCCAGGCCAGGUCCCAGCUGUGAGAGCCAGCCACCUGCACCAGCGACGCUUGUCCCAGCCCCGGGGCAGCGGUGGGAGGGAGCAGAGAGCAGCCCCAGUAAGCAGAGCGCCGCCGCCGCUGCCGACCUCGGGUUCCAGGAGUAGGUGUGGCUGGCUUUCCCACUUAAAUCUGGGUUCAGGCAGUUUACCUGUGACAUGUUGGGAACAAAGCAGUGCAUAGACUGAAAAUUAGUUAGCACAGACACUGUCCCUUGAUUCGAAGGACUCCUCCCCAGAGCAGGCCACAUGUCCUGGGGCCUCUGUGUGGGGCCACCCUCAGCUGCUGCGUCCACCCCUUGCCGCCUCCCCAGCAUUUUGAGUAGCUACACACUAACAUUUUGGGAAUGAAAGGCACAUACCAUUUUUAAAGAUUUGGUAACUCAGGCUGUGGGUUCCACAUUGUCCGUGCUCCUUGAGGUAUAUAUUUAAUUUUCUUCAGUUCCCUUCCCCAAAGAAGCUUCAUUGUUUUGAUUUCAGGCUGCAUAUAUUUACAAUCUGCAUCACAGCAGGUCCUCAGUCUGCUAUUUCCUUUCUGUCGUGUAACCGACUAACUUCCUGCGUGGGUUUUGAUGUCAAGGAUGCAUGUUGCCUUUACGUGUAUUUAAUCAUGAAAUUUAAUUUUGCACUUAUUUGUACGGUUUCUUUUAAAUAAAAGUGACUAAUUUUGUUGUA